UGAAUUCCAUAUUCCUUUUUCCCAUACUCUUCCUUCCCCUCAAAAAAAUAUUCGUUUUUCCCACGCUCCAUCUCUUUCUACCGUAAACCUUCAAAAAUUCACAACCGUUCAAACUAACUUCACAUUCUUCAUUUUAAUUCAAUUCAAUGGACACAAACCCACAAAAAGACGACAUUUUCUUCGACGCCUUUCACAAAUGCCCCUUCCACCAUUGCUCUGCCACCGACGACCAUACCAUGCCGGAAUCUCCUCCCUCCUCUUCCGGUCCAGUCCACCCAGACACACCACCCUCUUCACCUUCCUCCGCCACUAUCCGCCGCCGUUCAAUUCGCCGACGAUCACCGGAAAAUGAAUUAUCAGAAACUAUUUCCAGUAGCACCAAUUCGACCAGCGGUGAUAAAAUUAAGAGUCAAAAUCCUUCAAUUUUGAAGGAAAGUGAGAAUUUUCCCGAGAAAGGGAAAGUUGAAGAAGAGAGGAAUGAGGAAUCGACGUUAACUACAGCUACACAUGAUGAACCAUUCGGUGAUUCAGCUGACUCGUUGGGUGAACUCAACGAUUCACCAUCGAAUUCGCUUGAUUAUGCAACUGGAUUAGUGAUUAGAGCAAUCAUGUUUCAAGUUAGGGUUUUCAUUAUGUUAGUUAAGUGUCCAAUUUUAUUGAUGCUUUAUACUUGUAUGUUUUUUGUAGAUCCAUUUGGAACAAUAAGAAAAGGGAGAGUUUUUUCUAUGUGGGUAUUGGAUAGGGUUAGGUAUUGUGUUUGUGAGUUCAUUGGUCCUUCAGCAUUGGGAUGGUUCAAUGAACAUAAGUCAUUUUGGAAUGUUGCAUUUCGAUGUGGAUGGGGAUUUUUGUGGUCAAUCUAUGUUUGUUGUAUUUUGUUUACACUUUUGGUUUCUGCACUUGUGUUUAGUGGGUUUUUGGUUAAGGGUUUGGUGGAAAAGCCAUUUCAGAUGAAGCAGGUGUUGAAUUUUGAUUAUACUAAACACAGUCCUGUUGCAUUUGUUCCUAUAAUAUCGUGUUCUGGUGUUGGUGGCGAUCGUCGUUUUGAUGAGAGCGGCGGCAUUGGUGUUGAUAGAUGGGUGAAUAAAAGGGUUAUCCCUUCUAAACAAAAAGUGCAGCUCACUGUUUCAUUGCUAGUGCCUGAGUCAGGAUACAACACUAAACUUGGUGUCUUUCAGAUCAGGGUAGACUUCUUAUCUUCUAACGGUAAAACAAUUGGAAGUUCGAGACAACCUUGCAUGCUACGAUUCAGAAGUGAGCCUAUCCGCCUAAUUACAACUUUCCUCAAGAUUGUUCCUCUUCUUACUGGUUAUAUAUCAGAGACCCAGACUCUGGAUGCCAAGAUGAGUGAUUUUGUUGAAGGGGAUAUUCCCACUUCAUGCUUAAAAGUAACCCUUGAGCAGCGAGCAGAAUAUCUACCCGGUGCUGGUAUUCCUCAAAUAUACGAUUCAUCUAUAUUUGUCGAAUCAGAACUUCCUUUAAUCAAGAGGAUUUUAUGGUAUUGGAAGAUGAGUUUAUUUAUAUGGAUUGCAAUGAUGGCAUUUGUGACGGAGCUGCUUUUUGUUCUAGUGUGUUGUUGGCCUAUGAUUAUUCCUAGAACCAGGCAAAGGAGUGGUUCUGCUUGCAGUACAAGCACCCAAAACAAUCUUCAGGCACCAAGUUGAGUCUAGUUCUUCUUACAUGUAAAUCCAUGUUUUGUUUAGUGAGGUAUCCUAACAUAAAUUCUUUUAUGCUUCAUAUCUUUUUAUUUUUUAAAUUUCCUUCCCAAUCACUCUGUACAUGUUUGAUUUCACACUAUGUAUAAUAUAUCUAGAUGCAAACCUGCAUAAUGUGCAGGUGUGUGUGUGAUUUGUACUUUGGCGUUCAAUAGUUUUGAUGCCAAGAAAGAGAAUAAUGAAUUGGUUUCACAAAUUUCUUUGUACAUGAAAAAAUGAAAACAAGAUCUAAGUUGCUUCUCUAAA